ACAAGUGGCGGCCGUUGAAGGAUUUAUAAAAAGCAUUUCAGAUAAUUUACGAUUACUGUUUACUUAAACGUUUCUAGUAACGUCGAUAAAAUUUCUUAAUAACUUAAUUGUAUACGUAAGUAGGUUUAUUUACCGAAACUGCUAAAUUGUAAGAAAUUUUAAAUAGUUAAAUCUUUUAAUCGGUUAAUGUAUUUUUAAUUUUAAAUCGUAUAAAAAGGGAAGGAAACCGAUCACGCUCCGUUCACCACAUCGUGAUUCGGACGAAAGUCCACGCGAGAAAUCCUAGAAAAAUAAACCCAAGGGUCAACUACGAUUAUUCCAUCGGUUCGUAUUUGUAAAUGAAGGAUUCGAUUGUCGCCCUUCUUUAAAUUAACAGCAUUGGAAAAUGUGCGAAAAUUCUUCCGAAGGAAAUGUCGAGUGCGCCGAUUCGUCCAAAGAGGUAGAAAAAUUCGACGACGUCUCGGAAGUUUUCGGAUCGUUCGGUCCUUGGCAGAUCAAACUAUUCGGCAUCAUGACGCUCAUUCCCAUUAUCGGAUUUUUUAAUAAUUACGCAUUAAUCGUAUUAUCGCCCGAAGUAUCUCAUUGGUGUAAACGACCGGCGGAAUACGCAAAUUUAACCGACCAAGAAUGGAAGAAUUUAAGCAUACCGGUACGCGUGGAAGACAAUCGAAUGACUUAUAGCAAGUGCCAAAUGUACGAUAUAUUUAUUAACGAAUCGCUGGAAACGAACGGAGAACGAAAACUUAAGUCCUGCGCUUCCUGGGAAUACGACCAUUCUCGCUAUAAAUCCACCAUCGUGGAAGAAUGGAAUUUAAUUUGCGAAAAUUCUUGGUUGGCAUCUUUUACCAAUUCCGUAUAUUUCUUGGGUUACUUCUUAUCCGCUUUGGUCAACGGCCAUCUUUCUGACAUAUACGGUCGAAGGCCCAUAAUUCUGUUAUCCGCCUGCGCCAUGUCCGUGUGUAGUAUUAUUUGCAUAUUUUCCACCAAUUAUUGGAUGUUUACCAUCGUCCGAUUCCUAAUAUCGUUCUUCAGAGUCGGCAUUUUUCUUCCUUACUUCGUCUUGAUGUCGGAAGUUUUAGAUACGGAACAUCGAAAAUAUAUCGUCCUGGUCGACAUGGCUAUGUGGGGAACGAGUAAAUUGAUUCUCGCAUCGAUUACUUGGUUUUUGACGGAAUGGAGAUACUUACAGUUGAUUUUUACGGUUCCUUCCGUACUUCUUAUACCUUUGUUACCAUUAAUUCCCGAAUCGCCGAGAUGGUUACUGACUCAAAGAGACGUGGGGAAAGCGAAAGUUGUUCUAAAGAAAGCGAUGAAAGCCAAUAAAAAGAAAAUUGAAAAUUUAGACGAGAUCGUUCAGACUCUUGUUAAAAGAAUAAAUUCGGAUGAAAAUAAAUCGAAAAAUCCGACUCUAAUAGACUUAUUUCGCCAUAAAAUUACACGAAAUUUGACCGUAGUCAUGUUUGUAAUAUGGAUAUUUUCCGUUUUUGCUCUUUACGGAGUCACUUUUAGUUUAGAAACUGUGGGAGGAAGCGUCCAACUUUACCUGGUAAUUACCGGAUUAACUCAAUUUCUAGGCAUUAUUUUCGUAUACAAAGGAUUACAGCGCUUUGGAAGGAAGAAACCUUUGGUUAUUUUCAUGAUAGUUGGAGGAUUAUGUUGUUUUAUUACCAUUUGUAUACCUGGAAAUAUGCAAAUUCUAAGAACUGCGAUUGCGGCCGUAGGAAAUAUCAGCAACGUAAUGGGUCUAAAUGUACUUUAUAUGUUCACUUCCGAGAUGUAUCCGACAGUAGUUCGCAAUAUAGGAAUGGGUUCUUGCGUAAUGACGGCUCGAAUUGGAGGAAUUCUUGCACCGUUUGCUAAAGAAGCAAGCGCCAUUCAUUGGUCGAUACCGUAUAUUUUAUUUGGAAUUUUAAACAUCGUCGGUGGAUUAUUGAUUGUGGUGUUCCCGGAAACCAAGGAUUUGCAACUGGUCGAUACACUCGAGGAAAUGGAAAAAAUGAAAAUGAAAAAUAUUGCCUGGAAAUGGAGAUUUUCUUGUUUUAAACGUAAAUCGGAUAAUUCUAGUGAUGAGGUAUUAGUAUUGUUGGAUCAGUACGAUAGAGACGAAGAAACCAUUUUAUUAUAUCAUAUCACUAAAGAUCUACCUGUGACAAAAGCAAGAAUAAAUUUAAAUGACUGA